ACCCACCAUGAACUCGGUGUUACUGAACGCGGUCCUUUCCGGCUCUCCGGACCACGGCGCGUUGUUUGAGGCUCUGUCUUGGCCGGAGGAGUCCAGUCCGCAGACGGAGCAGCUGGAGGCGCUGACAGCGUUCAUUGAAGCGCUGGGACCUCUCCUGGACGACUCGGGCUCGUCUACAGUUCCGAGCGCAGAAAGACGCUGCAUUCGUGAAAAAAUCGAGUCGGUUAUUUGGAAAAAAUGUCUUCCUCUCCUGUCUCAAAUCUCAGCAGCGGCAGGGGACGGGCAGGUGUGCCGGGAGAGCACAGCCGCCGGCUGCAGGCUGCUGGCUGUCUGCGUCCGUCUGUGCGGUCAGGACGCUUCCAGGCGAGUGGCUCUGUCCGUCCUGCCCUCACUGCACCCGGCGGAGGAGGGGGUGCCCAGUCCGGGACGUCUCGGUGUGGAGGUCGCCGGUGAAGUUCUCGCUGCUCUGCUGCCUUUACUGUCGUUGGAUGAGCAGUUCACCGCCAGCACCGUGUCCUCUGCCCUGUCCUGCAUCAGAAGGCUCCCCGACGCGCAGGUCUCCAGGGUCAUCUCCAGGGUCCUGGUCCCUCUGCUGAGCAGCUGCAGCGGUGUGGGGUCAGCAGGCGUCCUCGGCUUGAUCCUGGAUGAUCUGUGCUGCUGGCACUCCUCCACCCGCACAGCUGUGGUUACAGAGCGGACACUGCUGUGUUUGACAGCCCUGUCAGAUCACCUCCUGAACCCUCACGGCCUGUCCGCCUCCUCCACCGCUUCCUGUGCGCCCGAUCCUCGACUGUCCGCGCAGUUCUGGAGGAUGAUCCAGGACGGACUGACUCACAGAGACAACCUGUCACGGAAAAGGGCAUUGUACCUGUUGAAGAGGUGUGCAGCCCUGUCAGAGCAGGAGGGCUCACUCUGUCCUCCUGCUCCAUCACAGCAAGAUGAGACCUUGUUUAAGUGGAGCCCCACCCAGAGCAAGGUGCUCAGAGAGUUCUGGGAGGAUUAUGUGCUGGUCAUGGAAACACUGGAGGAAAACCAGGUGCAUGUUGUUCGGCCAGUUUUGAACAGAAUAGACACACUGGUCCAAACAACGGUAAAUGAUAGUCAAGGUCAAGGCCUUUUCCACCCCUCCUGGCUGCUGUGUGUUUACCAGCGCAUGUUCCACAGUGAGAACAAGUCCUUAAUGAAAGAAGGAGUGUGUCAUCUGCUGGAGCUGCAGGUCCUGAAGCAGCCGGCCUUCGCUUCAGCUUUUUCUCAGUUCAUUGUCGGCCCCUUUAUGGAUGUACUCUCUGAAACGUCACUCUUCCACAGGUCAGUCGGGCAGAAUGUAGGAGACUGUCCUGAGCUCGGGGUGAAACUCCAAGUCUUCAUGACCACCUUCUUCAGCAGCCUGCCGCCAGAGCAGAGAAGUUGUGUGUUGCUCCAGCUGAUCCAGCAGCUCGGCUCGAAGCACUGGUGUGCGGUGCCCCUCCUCUUUGUUUCUCAGGCUCUGUCCAAACUCCCCACAAGUCCGCUGUUGGGAAGCAGUGGACUGACCGCUCUCAGAGAAGUGCUGCGAUGCACCAUGAUCACACACCAAGUCCUGCUGAGAGGAGCCACACAGUGUUUCCUGCUGAAUAGCGCCUUCUCUCUGACUAUCGUGGGUACAGUGACCCUGGAUGAUGUUUUCAAUUUUCUGAUGCAUUUCCGUGCAGAUGAGUCCCUGUGCAGAGGCACGAAGCUGUGGGAUCAGGUCUGUGCCUGGUUACUGGAAAAUGAAAGCAGUUUCCAUCCAUUGACCACUGAUGGAGAUUGCAUAAGUGCUUCUGCAAAUGAGGAAACUGUCGCGGCUUAUGCUGAAAAAGAGAUACAGUCCUAUCUCCGAGUUCCAGCCAGCACAGGCCAGGCCGAAAGGUUGCCUGACUCGAGAGAGGCCUAUAAGUUGGCUCGAGUCAUUUUGCUGUGUGUGGACAUGGAGAGGCGUCGACAAGGAGCAGAGAUCAGCAACACUCUGGAGUCAUUACUGUCUCCCCUGCUGGACACCCUGAGCAAACUCAGCACCCAUAUCUACUUGCCUCUUCAGAAGAGUGACAGGAGCCUGCAGCUCGUGCUCAGCUUGCUUCAGCUCGGAGCAGCGCCAAGCUGUCGGCGUGUUGGAGAGGAGCAAGGGAACAGUGUGAUGGUUGUUUUGGAGAAAGCAAUUUCCAAACUUGUCAAUCCGAUCCAGGCUUUUAUCUUUCGGCGGUUGUCUGGGGAGCUGCAGGAGUUACAGCUGUUUGACAUAGAGCGAGCACAGCUGUAUCUCUCUGUCCUGACACAGCUGGCUGUCACGUUCGGCUCCACAACACAGCAGCGCAAUGAAGCACUUAACAGUGGUUUCUCAAAACUCAUCAAGUCCAGCCUGAGACUCCUGAGAGAACCCGGUCCGCAGGUCCCUUCUGUGGUGAGCCAAGUAACUAAAUCUGUGGCCAUGGCAUCCCUGGCCACAGUAUGUUACCUGAUGGAGCAGAAAUUGAUCAACAUGCAACCAGAAAGUCUUUCUGAUUUGAAAUCGCUGAAUCAUUACUUCUACAGUCCAGAGUCUUCAAUGUCACAAAAUGAAACGUCUCUGGGAAACAUCAAUAAGCGUCUCCUGAAACCAUCAAUAACAGACUGCACUUGCAACGAUCUGGAAGAGCAAGGCCUUCUCCUGCAGGAAUGGGGUCGCAUCGCUGCCAGUUUCAUGCGUGAUCAAUGGCUCUGUCUCAACUUUCUGACGAAGGCUGUUGGGGUUCCCGAGCCGAUCCACGCUGCCGAGGCCUCCGAGACUCUCAAGGCUGUGCUGAGUUGUGGCAUAGAGGCUUUAUCUCUGCUGCCCAGUGACCUGGUGCUGCCUGUGCUCGCCUGCAUGGAAACAGUGCUGCCGCAAUUGGUGCAGGAUGCUGAGCCCCUCUGUGUGGAGGCUGUCACUCAGAGCUGGGAGCUCGUACAGGGCCUCAGCACCAAUGCUCAUGAUUUCUGGCCGGCCCUGAAAGGCUUCAUCUCCAUGGCUUUCCAGCAAAAACUGCUCCAGCUGACACACACUCAGGCCUCAACACUUCUGGUCACCUUGAAGCAGAUAGGCGCCGAGCUAAUGGAGUUGUCCCAGUCGAAGAGCGGCGUGUUCGGCGUGCUGCUCCAGCACUGCUGCCAGACGUGGCUGCCUGCUGAUAGAGGCAGCGGACCGCAGGACGACGCUGUGUUUGCCAGUGUCUUCAGCCACAUGAACAUCGUCACUGAGGCUUGUAUCUAUGGACCGGUGUUCAGGAGAGACCAGCGACUCGUUCAGGAUGUCCACUUAUACGUGGAGCAGCUCGGUGAGGCGUGUGCGGCCAAUGUUGCUAUUCCAAGUGAUAACAGGGAUGAUCAGUUGCCUCGCACAUGUGUGAUGGCUUUCCUCAAUCGCCUGGAUCCUUCCAAUGCGCAGCAUGAGACACUGAUGGAGGAAAUCGUCAUGGAUCUGUUGAAAAAGGAUAAUAGCAUAUCAAGGUCAAAAGUGCGUUACUAUAGCAACUCCCUGCAACAUCGUGUCAAAAACAGAAUAUGGCAGACUCUGCUGCAGCUGCUCCCCAAACUCAGAAAGGACUUUGUUGCCACUCUGCUGAGCGGUGUGUAUGAAGCCGGGUUCUGCGCGAACCAGGCCUCAGUGAAGUACCUCAUCGAGUGGAUGAUGAUUCUGAUCCUCGUUCGCUACCCUCAACACAUCGACAGCUUGUGGGCCUGCUUCAGCAUGGAUCAUGACAAGACCAAGACAAGUGUCUGCACCUUUUUGUCAGUCCUGGUGCAUUUUAGCGUCAUCCUCCCCAGUAUCAGGGAUAAGGCGGUGCAGCUGCAUAAAGCGCUCGAUGUCAUCCUGCAGUCCUGUUUCAACCAUAACUUCAGUGUUCGCUUGUACGCCUUACUGGCCCUGAAGAGGGUGUGGAGCCUGGCAGAAGACCAGGCGGGAGAAGAGGCCGAUGCCUUGAAAGGACUGUCCUCUGUGAUCAAGUCCUGUCUGAACCAGGCUGAGUCCAUGCAGAGCACCGGAAAUGCUAACAAGAACUGGAUGAGGAUUCAGGAGCACUUCUUCUUUGGUGCCUUUCAUCCGAUCAGGGAUUACAGUGUUGAGACAAUAUUUUUCACAUUCCCCAGCCUCUCAGAAUUGGCCGAUGAUGAAUGGAUACCAACCUGGAAGUUUGAGAAGCUGCCUUACUUCUUAGAAAGUCCAUCUUUUCCUCUGCAAAAUCCUGUUUCUGAUUUGAAUCAGCUGCAGCCUGGAGACUGGAUCCAACAAGACAAAAGUGAGCAGGAUAAGGAGGAGCGCUGGGCCGAGGUGCAGAAGAAGAUCACCCCCUGGGGGUUGGGGAUUCACGAGCAGGAGCUGGAACUUCAGCUGGUUCCCCCACAGAGAGCCGCUCGACUGGGAAAACUGCACGGCGCUCUGCUGGUUGUGGCCUCGCUUAUCGACAAGCCCACCAAUCUGGGAGGUCUGUGCAGAACAUGUGAGAUCUUCGGUGCCAGCGCUCUGGUCCUGGACAGCCUCCGCCACGUCACUGACAAACACUUCCAGGCCCUGAGCGUCUCCUCUGAGCUGUGGCUUCCUCUGUUGGAGGUGAAGCCGACGGAGCUCACUGACUUCCUGCAGACGAAGAAGAGCGAGGGCUACUGCAUUGUUGGAGUGGAGCAGACCGCCAACAGUCACAGCCUCCAGGACUACCAGUUUCCUGAGAAGACCCUGCUACUUCUGGGCAACGAGCGUGAAGGCAUUCCUGCCAACUUACUCCAAAUGUUGGACGUGUGUGUGGAGAUCCCUCAGCAAGGAGUCAUCCGCUCUCUGAAUGUGCACGUGAGCGCCGCCCUGCUGAUCUGGGAAUACACACGACAGCAUCUCGGCUCUGGACCCGCCGAGGUCAACUCAAAAUGCAGCUGAGGAGGAAACCUGCAGCCUUCAGACGACCAGAUGCAGACCUCACGCCAUUCCUCAGGCACACAGUUUGACCUGGAGUUAAGGGGUCUUUCAAAGCCCUGGAGGAUGAGCCCCCCCUUUACGGAACUUAAACCACAAUGAUUUUAAUUUGAGAUAUGUCUUUCAACUGUUACAUUUGUCAUUUUAAUCCAUAAUUUAUUUUUAUUGCAAAUCUUCCCAGUUAAACAUGCAACAGAUGGUGGUCUAAAAGCAUGUUUUAAUGAUGUGCUCAGUGGCUUCUCAAAGGUUGGACAUUACAGAGCUUUAUAAGAAAAGGCGAUCCCCUGGCCUCUAGAUUUUUCUUCUUCUCUGGCUCCUCCUGGGGGAGAAACAUCCCACACUUUGAAAAUCGACUUGCAUGAAAAUGUAAAACCGAGCUGCUGCUGUGGAGACUGUUCUUCUCAUGAUGCUUUCAGGUUUCAGUCCUCUCAGAAGCACCAGACCUGCUCUUGUGCCUUAACUAGAGCCAUGAAUUAAAUUCACUUGUGGUUAUUGUUUUUAACUGUUCUACAUAAUAAUGGAGGCAAGACACUUUUAUCAAUGGAAGCAUCCCCACUGAGGAGGAAGUCAGUUCCUGUAUUACAACAUCUACACUCUGAAACGCAAAAUCAAAUACUCCUGUUAAACUUGUAAUCUUAAAUGUCAUU